UUUUACAUUAUUUAAGGAAAUUUUAUAAUUAUUUAUUGCUUAUACCCUGAUUUGGCUAUUGGCAAUUUCCAAUAUGUCUAUGGAAAUUUUCAAAUUUACUAGGGAAAUUUUAUUUUGCUGCCAAAUUAAGGUUAUCCUACAAGAGAAACAUCUACAUUCCAAUGCCUUUGCCCAUAAGCACGAUUUCACAUUUCGUCCCAGUGCCUACCAUGCUAAUUUUCAGAUCACAUCGAACUACGGAUCCGCAAUUCGAUUGGUGAACGAUAACCGCUAUAAGAUGGGUGAAAAAAUCGAGCCUUCAAAUGGUGUAUUCAAUCAAGUGUUUUCGGUUUGCACAAUAAAUCUGAUCAAUUUCGCAAAUGGUGCUACUCUGGGAUGGUUGUCACCAUUUCUGCCCUUACUUCAGUCAGAAAAUUCACCGUUGGACACAGGACCAGUAACAGUUGAGCAAGCAUCAUGGAUCGGGUCGAUUCUUUGCUUGGGAGCUUUGGUCGGGGCCAUUAUUUACGGGAGUCUUACAAGCAGACUCGGUGUGAAACGAUGCAUAUCGUGCAUAAUAUUUCCGAACAUGAGCUUCUGGAUGAUUGUAUAUUUUGGAACAUCGGUAUAUCAUCUGUACAUUGCACGAUUUUUGGCUGGGGUAACUGGAGGCGGCAUCAUCGUAACAUUUCCUAUUUUUAUAGCAGAUAUUUCCGAUAGCAGAAUUCGUGGAAUGCUUGGCUCAUGUUGGGCCUUGUCUAAAAAUUUAGGAAUCCUAGUAAUGUAUAUAAUUGGAGAUAUCCUGUCGUAUCGGACCGUGCCUACUGUCAUGAUGGUAGUGCCUCUUCUAUUUGGAAUCCUCAUGUUUUCAAUACCGGAAACCCCGCAAUCAUUGCUUAAAAAGCAAAAGUUUAAAGAAGCUGAAAAAUCUCUCCAGUUCUUUAAAGGAGUCACGGAUAAAACGAAAAAUACAGCUGAGUUUCAACACACUUUCGAAGAGUUGCAGAAUUUUGUUCUGACUAGUAAAACUGAACAUACUAAACUUCAGCUAAGUGACUUCGUAUCACCGCAAGCGAGAAAAGGAUUAUUCAUAGGCAUAUUUCUAUUGUUUUUAAACCAAUUCUGUGGCGUUUUUGCAAUUCUCACCUAUGCAGUAUCAAUCUUCCAGGAAUCAGGCUCCGAUAUAAGUCCCGGAGCAUCAGCCAUAAUCAUUGCAGCGAUUCAGAUAGUUGCAACGGUUGCUUCAUUUAUUUUCAUUGAUUUAACCGGACGAAAAGCUCUACUAUUGAUUUCAACUUUCGGCACGGGUUUGGGGGUUAGCUGCCUUGGAACGUUUUCAUGGUUGAAGGAGCAACAAUUCGAUUUAUCUGGAUAUGGUUGGAUUCCGAUCGUUAGCCUAUCAGUCAUGGUGUUUCUCUUCUGCGUUGGAUUAUGUAAUAUUCCAUUUUUCAUAAUACCCGAAAUCCUUCCCACAAAGAUAUGUAACGUGGGGAACACAAUUAGCAUGGUUUUGACCACCGUGUUUGCAUUUGUGGUUCUCAAGAUUUUGCCAAUUCUACUGAAGGAGAUCAAGCUUUACGGUGCAACUGUAUUAUUUGCGGGUACUUGCUUCAUUGGUUUUAUUGUUAUUGCUGCAAUCGUUCCAGAAACUAAGGGAAAAAAUCUUGUGACACCUGUAGGCAUAAAAUAAAAUGUUUGUGAUCUCUCUUGUAUCAAGGUAUCGAUAUAGAGUCCACGAAACUUAAUGUUUCGCACAUCAAUUGCGAAUUAUUUAUUAUUAUAAACACAAGACGUAUCGAUGCAAUAAAAAAUACUCAUAAUUGUAGAUUGAAGAAUCUAUAAAGAUGACAGACUUUUCAUAUUUAUUCCGUUUUCUAUCAAAAUUACUAUUUAUUAGAGUAGGGUGGGCAACGCACGUUGAGCCCUGUUGAGCUUCUGCAUAUCAAGUCAAUGUAAGAGUAUGCGAUAAAAAGAA